AUUUGCAAUUAUUUCCCAUUCCCUUUUGUCAUUCUGUCUGUUCACUUCCAAGAACAAGAAGGCAGAAAUGUUGAUUCAUUUAUUUGAUACCUGGAGACAUUUUGAGGCUAUUCUGGCCAUUUUAUAAGAAAUAAUUGUAUAAACAUAAACUCCAUGACAAGUGAGCAAUCAUGUAGAUAUCCUAAAUCAAGUAUUUCUUCAAUGACCUAAUAUUCUUACGCAUUGAAAUUUGAAGGUGACAAUAUAUUGAACCUUGGACGUGAAGACCCAUAGUAGGUGAGCGCUUCACAGUCACAGCUCAAUUCUUUUUCUUCAUUUCAGAGGCUUCAAUUCCAACUUUACUUGUUCAUGAAGGGACAUAAUUAUCAGAAGGGGAAGAAACAAAUCGCAGAGGGGGAAGAAAUGGAAGGAGAUAGAAAGGAAGAAAAUCUGCCGCCAGGGUUUCGGUUUCAUCCUUCAGAUGAAGAACUUAUCACUUACUAUCUUGUGAACAAGAUUUCAGAUGCUAAUUUCACAGGAAGAGCCAUUGCUGAUGUUGAUUUCAACAAAUGCGAGCCUUGGGAUCUUCCAGGAAAGGCGAAAAUGGGUGAAAAGGAAUGGUAUUUCUUCAGUCUUCGAGAUCGAAAAUACCCAACCGGAGUAAGAACAAACCGAGCGACAAACGCUGGUUACUGGAAGACCACAGGAAAAGACAAGGAGAUAUUCAAUAGUGUGACUUCAGAACUAGUUGGAAUGAAGAAAACAUUGGUUUUCUAUAAAGGAAGACCUCCUAGAGGAGAAAAAACCAACUGGGUUAUGCAUGAAUAUCGCAUCCAUUCCAAAUCAGCUUUCAGAUCCAGUAAGAAUGAAUGGGUAGUUUGCCGAGUGUUUCAGAAGAGUGCAGGUGUGAAAAAGUAUCCCACGACCCAAUCCCGAGCAGUAAAUACGGUGUACAGCUUUGAUGUAGAAGCAAAUACAACGCCCUCACAAAUGAUGCAAGCGGCUGCAGAGAAUUAUCCCUUUCCCGUCGGAAGAAACCAUAUGGGAAACCCCGAUCAACUAGCAGAGUGCACCAGGAUGUUAAGAGGAGGAGGUGCGUCAACCACUGUAAUUCUUCCAUUUCAAUCACAAAUGAACUACCCAGGCGGAUUCACAAUCUCAGGACUAAAUUUAAAUCUCGGAGCUGGAGGAGCCACAACACUAGCUCCUCCUCAACAAGAUGUUUCUUGUUCCAUGAACAUGGUGGCAAGUGGAAGUGGUUUUGGUGCAGAGUGGGCAGCAGGCUACUCAGCAGACCAAAUACAUAAUUCUAAUGGAGCUGGAAACAGAUACAUGAGUAUAGGUCAUUGCAUGGAUUUAGAUAGCUACUGGCCUCCUUACUGGGAGAUGUAAAGAAUAUUAAUUACUUGAGUUAAGCUAGAAUAAGAAGUAGAGCGGUCUAUUAAUGCGGUAUAACUGUAAGUUUGUUUCAGUUUGACUGCAGAAUUAAUUUUAAUUUUUGCCUUA